GUCCACCCCUUUAUUUUCCACAGACGUCCAUAAGCACGAAUCACGAAUGUAACCCCCAAAAGCAUCUUCUAAACCAUAGCUAAAAUUUCCACAAAAAGGGCUACACCACAAAUCUAAACCGUAAACACUCCAAGAACCCACAGAUGACAGACCCUUGUUCUCGAUGACACACAACAUCAAGAAAACUAUAACUUUUCUCUUCGUAGAAACAUAGUAAAGGAAGAGAAGGAAAAAAAUGGAUUCUGCCGCUCUUGAUUAUGUAAUUAAUCAUUUGCUUGAGGUUAAAGAGAAGCCGGGGAAGCAAGUGCAGCUCUCGGAGUCAGAGAUCAAGCAGCUUUGUUUGCAGUCUAAAGAGAUUUUCUUGCAACAGACUAAUCUUCUUGAGCUUGAGGCACCCAUUAAGAUCUGUGGAGACAUUCAUGGUCAAUAUUCUGAUCUUCUUAGACUCUUUGAAUAUGGUGGAUUACCCCCCAAAUCUAAUUACUUAUUCUUGGGGGAUUAUGUGGACCGCGGGAAGCAAAAUCUGGAAACAAUCUGUCUUCUACUUGCCUAUAAGAUUAAGUAUCCUGAAAAUUUCUUCCUUUUGAGGGGAAACCAUGAAUGUGCAUCAGUAAAUCGUAUAUAUGGAUUUUAUGAUGAGUGCAAAAGAAGAUUUAAUGUGAAGCUAUGGAAAACAUUCACAGAUUGUUUUAAUUGCCUACCUGUGGCAGCUGUUAUAGAUGAAAAGAUAUUGUGCAUGCAUGGAGGACUCUCUCCUGAUCUGCAUGAUCUGAAUCAAAUUAGAAAUAUGCAACGUCCAAUUGAUGUUCCAGAAACUGGUUUACUUUGUGAUCUACUAUGGUCAGAUCCCAGUAAAGAUGUCAAAGGGUGGGGAAUGAGUGAUAGGGGAGUUUCCUAUACAUUCGGUCCUGAUACGGUAACCGAAUUCCUUCAAAAGCAUGAUCUUGAUCUUAUAUGCCGUGCCCAUCAGGUUGUUGAAGAUGGUUAUGAGUUUUUUGCUGAUAGACAGCUUGUCACAAUAUUCUCAGCCCCCAAUUACUGUGGAGAAUUUGACAAUGCUGGUGCCAUGAUGAGUGUGGAUGAAACUUUAAUGUGCUCAUUUCAAAUACUGAAGCCUGCAGAAAAGAAGCCAAAAUUUGGAUUUGGGAGCACUGCUACGGCUAAACGAGGAACUCCUCAAACAAAAACAAAGUCAUUUCUUGGUGGAAAAAUAGAAUGAGUUCAAUUAGCUUGAGAAGAUAUUCAAGAGAAUUGCCACUUGAGAUCUAUAGCAUUUAGGGUGGAGGAAAGCCUUGAAGUUUUCAGGAUCAUCAGUUUGAUAGCAGAGAUGAUAUAUAGAAGGUUUAUUCCCAAGUGAACUGGGGAGAGCCUAAUAAUUCCACCUAAUGUUUAAUGUGAGCCAAGCUACCGUGGACAUAGAUUUUUUGGUCAAUAAAGAUUUUUUCCACCCUAAUUGUUGAUUGGGAACAGUGAAAAUGGGGAAGUACUGAUUUUCCUGACUUCGUUCUUGUGAUGUGAAAUUCUAUUGGUGCAUUUAUACACAGGAUGAAAGGUAAGAAGUCACGCGUUCCAUCUAGACUUAACACAGACUGUGUACUUUCAAGUUCUUCAUUUGUGUGUCCUUACAUUUUGAUAUUGAGUAUUUAACGGAAGAUUUAAGGUUUUCUGGUCGCUAAUCUUGUAUGAGCUCAACAUGAAGAUCACGACGAGGUUCUGUUUAUGAUCAGGACUCUCUCUCCUUAUAGUUGACGAAAGUGUACAUUUU